AUGUCUACAGCUGCUCGUCGUCGUCUCAUGAGAGACUUCAAGCGCAUGCAAACGGAUCCUCCCGCUGGUGUAUCUGCAAGUCCAGUCGCUGAUAAUGUUAUGCAAUGGAACGCAGUCAUUAUCGGUCCAGCAGAUACUCCUUUUGAAGAUGGAACUUUCCGACUAGUUAUGCAAUUCGAAGAACAAUACCCCAAUAAACCACCCGCGGUCAAGUUCAUCAGCCAGAUGUUCCAUCCUAAUGUUUACGCCACCGGGGAGUUGUGCCUGGAUAUCUUGCAGAACAGAUGGAGUCCAACAUAUGAUGUUGCAGCGGUUCUUACGAGUAUUCAAAGUCUACUGAACGAUCCCAAUACCUCGUCCCCGGCUAACGUCGAAGCAUCGAAUCUAUACAAGGACAACCGCAAGGAAUACACAAAGCGAGUCAAGGAAUCGGUAGAGAAGAGCUGGGAAGAUUGA